GAUGUUCAAAAACAUCCUGGGAUUCAGUUUGUGUGAUUGAUGCUGUUAAAGAAAUUAAGAAGACAGCAAAUCAAAUAUUCUGCAUUAGAGGCUGUUGACUAUUUAUAAACUGCGCCUUAAUCUUUCUUUUAUUUUUUAUUUAUUUAUUUAUUUUUUUUGCCCCCAGAUCAGGCCAGCAUUUAAAUUCAUAAAUACUGAAGCAGUUAUUCAGUAUUUCAAAUAUAGCUGAAAAUGGUGGGCUACUUUUGCCCUCUUGUGGCUGGAGCAUAGAAUUACAGUUCUACAUCUUAAGUUUGGGUGGUGUCUGCAAUCACGAGGUAGGCUGUUUGUAGAAUGCCUGCUGAUUGCUAAAUUGUAGUACAACGAAGAUUUAGUUACAGAGUCUGUAUGUGUGUAUGAAUGCUUGACCUUGUGUCUGCUUUUCAAAAACUCAGGAUGGGCUCUGUUGAAUUGAACCCAGUGGAAAUUGAACUUCUCAGUGGAAGUUACUCUAAAUGCACACAAAGCAAUAAAAUGCUUCUGCAUGCCGUCCCAAAAAGCAACGCAAUCCUUCUGUGUGCAGUCACUGCAUUCACGUUGGGCCUGUCAUCUGUCACCAAGAGCAAUGGGCUUCUCAAUAUCACCUUUAAAUAUGACAACUGCACUCCUUACCUGAAUUCAGUGGGUAAACAUGUGAUUGGAGAUGUGCAGAAUAUAACCAUCAGUCAGUAUGCAUGUUACGAACAGGUUGCAGUCACAAUACUUUGGACAGCAAAUGCCAUUGGGAUUGAAUAUCUGAGAGGAUUCCGAGUAAUACUUGAAGAGUUAAAGUCAGAGGGAAGGCAAUGCCAGCAGAUGGUUUUAAGAGAUCCAAAGCAGCUGAACCCAAGUUUUAAAAGAACAGGAGUGGAAUCUAAUCCCUUUGCAAACCUGAAGUUUGAAACAGAUUACUUUGUAAAGAUUGUGCCUUUUCCUUCCACUAAAAAUGAAAGCAAUUAUCAUCCAUUUUUUUUCCGAACUCGACCAUGUGAAUUAUUGCUACAGCCAGAAAACCUCAUCUGCAAACCUUACUGGAAGCCACGGAAUCUGAAUGUUACCCAGCAGGGAUUCAAUAUGCAAGUCUCUUUUGAUCAUGCUCCCCACAACUUUGGAUUUAGAUAUUACUUUCUUCACUACAAACUGAAACAUGAAGGGCUGUUCAAGCAAAAGACCUGCAAACAGGAUCAAAACACAGAUACUACAAGUUGUAUUCUUCAGAAUGUAACUCCAGGGGAUUAUAUAAUCGAGCUGGUCGAUGACACUAAUACAACAAGGAAAACAAUGCACUAUGCACUAAAACCAGUGCAUUCUCCAUGGGCUGGACCAAUCAGAGCUAUUGCCAUUACAGUCCCUUUAGUUGUCAUUUCGGCGUUUGCAACGCUUUUCACUGUGAUGUGCCGCAAAAAGCAGCAAGAGAAUAUAUAUUCCCAUCUAGAUGAGGAGAGCUCAGAAUCUUCAGCUUAUGGUGCAGGGCUCCCUGUGGAAAGACUUCGCCCCCGGCCAAAAGUGUUCAUCUGCUAUUCCAGUAAAGAUUGCCAGAAACACAUUAAUGUUAUCCAGUGCUUUGCUUAUUUUCUUCAGGACUUUUGUGGCUGUGAGGUGGCUCUAGAUUUGUGGGAGGAUAUGAAAAUUUGUAAAGAAAGUCAGAAAGAAUGGCUCAUUAAAAAAAUAAAUGAGUCUCAGUUUAUCAUCAUCGUGUGCUCCAAGGGAAUGAAAUACUUUGUUGAAAAAAAGAAUUGGAAACACAGAGGAGUAACCAAAGACACAGGGAAAGGAGAACUCUUUCUAUUUGCUGUGUUGACUGUUGCAGAGAAGCUUCGUCAAGCAAAGCAGAAUUCAAGUGACCUCUGCAAGUUCAUUGCAGUCUACUUUGAUUACUCCUGUGAGGGAGACAUUCCUGGUAUUCUAGAUCUAAGUACAAAAUAUAAACUCAUGGACAAUCUGCCUCAGCUUUAUUCCCAUUUACAUUCCAGAGACCUUAGUGUGCAGGAUUCAGAGGUGUUUCCCGCUAAUGUUAGUAAAAGGAAUUAUUUCAGGAGCAAAUCUGGUAGGUCUCUUUAUGUUGCCAUUUGUAAUAUGCAUCAGUUCAUUGAUCAGGAACCAGACUGGUUUGAGAAACAAUUUAUUCCCUUCUUUCCACAUCCUUUACGUUACUCGGAGCCUGUCAUGGAAAAAUUUGACUCAGGCUUGGUUUUAAAUGACUUAGUGAAUAAACAGGCGGCGGAUGAAGAUUUUUACCUGAAAACAGAUGUAAAUAUUAUUUCAGCUGGAAGUUCAGACUCUCAUUGUAUAAUUCAGCACUUAAAUCUUGGAGAAGACAUAGAAACUCAGGACAUUCAGGGUGGUGGCAGCUCUGUUCUUCGACCAUUGCUACAUGCUGUUAAAGCUUCCAAUCUUAAAGAUAUGCCUCGGGAUUCUGGAAUCUAUGAUUCAUCCGUUCCUUCAUCUGAGUUAUCUUUGCCUUUAAUGGAAGGACUACUGACAGAUCAAACUGAAACAUCUUCCAUCACAGGAAGUGUUUCUUCAUCAUCAGGUUUAGGGGAAGAAGAACCUCCUGUAAUCUCUUCCACAAAGUUCUUAGUGCCUGGAAUAUGUAAAGCAGAACUUCAUUGCCAUAUCCAUACUGAUGAACUGCAGGCAAUUGCUCCUUUGUAAUACAUCAGUACAUUGUUAUGCAUUGCCACUUUAUCAGCAGCCUCUGUGCUUUAACCACAACACUAUUCCAGCACUAAAUUUACUUGAAGGAACAAAUGCUCCCUGAAGACGACCUGUUAUUCCUAAGGGAUUUUUAUGGCCAGUAAAUUUGAUCCUAUAAGCUUUCAUGAUUUGAGAAAUGCAACAUGGAAGAAUAGAUGAGAAACAUUUCAGUGUUAUUCCUAUUACUAAUUUAAAUUUCUUGAUGUUAUACUGUUUAUAGAUGUCAUAAUAAAAAGUGACCUUACUUACUAGCCACAAUCUUGUAGCUGGAUGUGAAAUUGUUCAGUAUAUUUUGUAUUCUCAGCCCAUAAUGUCGAAAGCUGACACGUCUGAUGACAGGAGUGUUGUAGUGAAUGAGAGCAGGAUAUUUUUAAGAAGCAAGAUUAAAAAAAAGUGAGAUCAAGAAAUUCUUCCUUCACAAAAUCUAACCAUGCAAGUUCUUGAUUUAGUGCAUUUUUUUUUGCUAGUUUUACUAGAGGAAGUGAUUGGAUUGAUAAAAUACAGGCAGAAAGAUUGCAGAAGUUGUGUGCUGAAGAGCUGCUGUGCAUAGAAAUACCAAAGCUACAAUCAUAAGAGGCAAUUUGUUAGCAACUGGAAGAUGAAGGUAAUGCCACCUUCCUCCAGAGAAAGUCCUAGUACUCAUACUGUUGUUUUAUGCUAGGCUAAAUGGAGAUUCUGUGGUUCUGUUCAAUUCCGUGUUACUUAAAGGAAUUAAGUUUUCAUUUUGAGGUCUAAGAAAGCUCAGCUUUGAAAAGCAGUUGUUUUUAAUGUUUUUACUUUGAUUUCUUCAAAAUUCGCUGCAUAAUCCUACAAAUCAUAAUUGUUUUGUAAUUAUAAAGGUCUGUGUGGAUGCCAAUCAAAUCUUUCAUAGGUGGAGGAAAAAACAAACAAACAAUUCUUUCAUUCCUUUGUAGCAUAAAGCGGAAACCGUAUAUUGCAUGACCUUGGAAAAAAGAAAGUGUACUUAAUGGAAAAUGUGUAAUAGUACAAACCCACACUUAAAGUAUAUCCACACACGCACACAGAAUUGAAGAAAAUGAUAUGAUUCUUGAUCUAAUUUAGGCAUAAUUUUUUUUAAAGCCACAGUAAUUCAUAAAAUUAGAAAAAAUAUCCUGUAUAUUGACAUAGUAGAAGGAAAUGGUAUUGAGUUUGCAAAAGUUCUCUUUUUUUCCUCCAAAGAAUGUAACAGCUAAAAUCCUUGUAAAAAGUAUUUUAAAAACAAAUAUGUAAAUACAUAUAUUAGAGGUUAGCUUACUACUAUUUUCAAGCAUUAGUUGCUCUAAAUAAUGUUAAUGAUGAAAGGAUCCCCUUAAUUACUACUAGACGACUGUGUGUGAACAUCAAAUGUUUUUAAAUACAUUUUUUGGAAAGAUGGAAAAAACAUUGGAAAGCCAAAGGUUCAAGGAAUAGCUGUACGUUCAAUAUUUUGGUAUCAUUGCCAAAAUUGUACCAGUACAUAAACACAACAACUGCUGAAAAUAGAAUGCAGCUGAUAUUUGCAGAAUUAUUUUUUUUUGCAGAAAGUUUUACGAUACUUUAAGUUAGAAGUUAAGUAUCAGAAUAAAACAUUUUUGUUCAGUUGGUUUCAUUUGGCUUUUCUUAGUAGUAUAGAAAGACUAAGCUGGGGUCCAGUUGUGUUAUCCAGUUAUGCAGUUGUCCAAUUUAUGCAAUUAUGCUCACCACACAAACAGACUUGAACCACUGUUCACACUCCACAUCUAGAAAUGGAGCUGAUAUUUUGAUGUGUGUUUAAUAUAGUCGUGCAACUGUAAGAAGCUGUACUUGUCUGAAAGUUCUGUAUUGGAAAGACUGGGUCUGACUUUUUAAAAAUAAAACUGCCUUAAUAUGAUUUUAUAAAAUUA